UUCUUUUUUAUUCCAGAUCAAAGACAACUAAUAUCUUUUGAUUGUAAGGCUUUCUAAAGCUGUCGUGGAAAGUUUAAAGAGAUUUUAUAUGGAAAAUAUAUCAUGGAUAUGGAACUGAAUAUGUCCGUGCUUUGACUUCAGGAAUACAAGACUUUUUUCCGUGACUAUUCUCAACGCCUGUUUUCUGUACAGGUCUGAAGACUUGGAAAUACAAUAACACAAGAUUCAUCUUCAUGUGUAAUAGAUGAAAACCGCUACUGCAAUGAUCCAAUUCAUUCUAGAGCCUGGAAAUAUCUCUGUGCACUACUGUGAACUUUGGUAUACAAAAAUUGUUUGUACUCUUGCAAUGUAAGGAUAACAAUUUUAUCCUAAUGGAUCAUUGGUGGAUUAUGUACUGCAUUUCUAUGUGGAUUAUUUGUACUUUUGCUGCUUAUGGACCUCAUUGCAUAUCAGGAUGAAGAAGAUUUAUUGCUUCCCUUAAAUGUGAGGAUGGUACGGCGAGGACUUCUGAGUUGGUUUUCCCGGGUGGGGAUCCUUCUCGUCUGUCUUUGCUGUAUAGUUUCUGUAUUGUAUAUGUUAGCAUGCACUCCUAGAGCUGAAGAUGAACAGCUCACACUUCCCCGAAUUAAUAGCCCUACUGGGAAAGAAGGCUACCAUGCUAUCUUGCAGGAGCGUGAGGAAGAACAUCGGAAUUAUAUUACCAGUCUGAAAAAACAAAUAGCCCAAUUAAAAGAUGAGCUUCAAGAACGCAGUGAACAGCUCAAAAGUGUUCAAGGUCACUACACUGAUUCCCUCACUGUGACCUUUGACCAUGCCAGUCCUGAGAAGACACAGACAGACCUUUUAGACUUUCUACAUUCCCAGGUCAACAAGGCUGAAGUACAUAAUGGUGUAAAGGUUCCCACUGAAUAUGCUGCUAUUCCAUUUGAUAGCUUCACUAUGCAGAAAGUGUACCAGCUAGAAACAGGACUUACACGCCACCCAGAAGAAAAGCCUGUAAGGAAAGACAAACGGGAUGAGCUAUCAGAAGCCAUUGAGGUGGCAGUGAACAUGCUGAACAGUCCUGAGGAUGGAACCAAUGCACAUAGACGAAUAUACACUUCAGCCAAUUUUAUUGAAGGUAUUUAUAGAACUGAGAGAGAUAAGGGUACAUUGUAUGAACUGACUUUUAAAGGCGAGAGAAGUCAAGAAUUUAAACGGCUUGUGCUCUUUCGACCGUUUGGACCUGUUCUAAAAGUGAAGAAUGAAAAGCUGAACAUGGCCAAUGUCCUUGUAAAUAUCAUUGUACCAUUGUCCAAAAGAGCUGAUAAAUUUCAACAGUUCAUGCACAAUUUCAGAGAAGUGUGCAUUAACCAGGACAAGAGAGUCCAUCUCACAGUCGUGUACUUUGGGAAGGAACAGGUUCAAGAGGUAAAAGCUAUACUGGAGAACACCUCUAAGGCAGCAAACUUCAAGAACUACACAUUUAUUCAGCUGAACGAGGAAUUCUCCCGUGGCAAAGGAUUAGAUAUAGGCGCUCGCGCCUGGAAAGGAAACAACGUCCUUCUGUUUUUUUGUGAUGUGGAUAUCUACUUCAAUGCAGAGUUCCUGAACACAUGCAGAAUAAACACACAGCCAGGAAAAAGAGUUUUCUACCCAGUCCUUUUCAGUCAGUACAACCCAGCGAUAAUUUAUGGGCAUCAUGAUGCAAUUCCCACCAUUGACCAGCAGCUGGUUAUUAAAAAGGAUACUGGAUUUUGGAGAGACUUUGGGUUUGGAAUGACUUGCCAGUAUCGGUCAGAUUUCAUUAAUAUAGGUGGUUUUGAUUUAGAUAUCAAGGGUUGGGGAGGCGAAGAUGUUCACCUGUACCGCAAAUACCUUCAUAGCAAUCUCAUUGUGAUCAGGACGCCUGUUAGGGGGCUUUUCCACCUCUGGCAUGAGAAGCGCUGUGUGGAUGAGCUGACUUCAGAACAAUACAAAAUGUGUAUGCAGUCAAAGGCCAUGAAUGAGGCUUCUCAUGGACAGCUUGGAAUGCUGGUCUUCAGACAUGAGAUUGAAGCACACCUACGCAAACAGAAGCAAAAACCCAGUAUGAAGAAAUCUUGACAAAAUACACCAUAUUUAUUACCUAUGCUAUCCCAAGCAUAUAUGACAGAGGAGUAACAUAUGAGUUGUCAAUCAGAUGGAGAACAAAGAAUCUGUGCGGUUGACAUGCUCAAGGUCUACUUUUAAUGAAGUUUCAAGAUGAAGUGGAGAUGCAAAGCGUAUCUGGUAGCUUAAAGAAAACUGUUUAUUUAAUAGAAUAAAAAUCAAUCGGCAAUGAUGUAUUUAUUGCUAACAUAUGUGUUAAAAACGAACGCAGCUUUUAUUUUUUUAAUUGGCGUACAUGUGCACUAAAAUUGAGGCACUACCAUGUAUGUGCCACAGAAGGGUAUGAAGACGAGUAUAAAAUUAAAUGCAAAGCAAUAGUGGAAAUAAACACAUUUUCUACUGAGCUGGGAGAGUCCAGAAAACUUCUGAUUUUGCUUUUGGUGACAAUGCAAUUUUGAAUUGAACGUACAGUAGCCUUCAGAAAUAUCCUUACUCUGAUAUGAAUAACCUCAGUAUUUUGAUGCAACAUCUGCUGCCAAAAACAAGCCAUAUCAAUGGAAAGUCUCCGGACAGGGUGAUAGUUAGGACCAUAUUUUUUUUCUUUGUGGGCAAGAGUAAGAAUUUCUGUCAAGGUUUUUUCUGUAGGUUUGCCCACUGGGAAACCUCCACCACAGGAAAUGAGGGGAAAUCUCCCUAAUAGGGACACAAGGGGGUUGAUUUUCCUAAAACCGGAGGGUGAAAAAUCUGGUGCAGCUCUGCAUAGAAACCAAUCAGCUUCCAGUUUUUAUGUUGUUAAAGGUUAAUUGAACA